UCAUCUCUCUCUCUCUCUCUCUGCGCUUGCUCAUUCUAGAUUAGCUUUGGUAAACCAAAACGACGUAGUUUUAGGCUCUCACCAUAAAACCCUAAGAUUUCAAUCUCUCUCUAGCUUUCUUCAUCAAAUCGUAUAGCUUCGAAGCCUCAGCUCUCUUUUCGCAGCGAAUCAGAUUCCGAUUCUUCGUUUCAACCAGUCCAAUUUCAAACCGGUCACUGAAGUGAUAUAUAGUAAGAGGUGAACAUAGGGUGAAAAAAUGACUGAUGAAAGAGGAGUACACCCAGAUUGCAGAAAUGCAUCAAAUCCUUACCAUGAAUGCAGUGAAUAUUGUUUCCAGAUCAUCGCUGAAGCCAAGGCUCGGAUGGAGCAAAGGGGACCAGCACUAGUGCAAGCUGGUGGUAGGAUUAGUCAGUCCAGUUCUGGAGCUCAAGAACAGGAUGAAGAUUUACAUGAUGACAGACAAGAUUCUGAUGAACAUGCUGAUGGGGAUAGAGAAUAUCCUGUUGUGGAGAGUGUAGAUGUCACAAAUCUCACUGGGAGAAAGAAGAAAUUGUGGGAGUUGAGAAAUAUGAUGAUGAAGGCGAAAGGUGACAAUCAAAAAGAAAUAGCUGCUGAAAAGAAAAGAAUGGAAGCUCCCACUGAGUCAAGGGGCAUUUCUAAACAAAAAUGGCUUGACGAUAGGAAGAAAAAAAUUGGCAAACUUUUAGAUGCAAAUGGUUUGGAUAUGACAAAGGCUUAUAUGCUAGAUACACAAGAGUCAGCAGAGGGAAAAUAUAAGAAAUGGGAGAAGGAUCCUGCUCCAUAUGGUUGGGAUGUUUUCAAUCAGAAAACUUUGUACGAUGCGUACAAAAAGCGGACAAAGAAUGUUGAGGUUGACUUAGAAGAAUAUAACAGAAUGAAAGAAGCCGAUCCUGAGUUCUACCGUGAUGCUUCAAGUCUCCAAUAUGGAAAGGCACCAAAGACCUCAGAGGAAAAGAUUGAUAGGAUGGUGAAGGAACUCAAAGAUCGGGACGAGAAGCGCAAGUCAUUUAGCAGGAGGAGGAAAUUCCAUGAAGAGAAGGAUAUUGACUCAAUCAAUGACCGUAAUGAGCAUUUCAACAAGAAGAUUGAACGAGCCUUUGGUAGAUACACGCUGGAGAUCAAGAACAAUCUUGAGAGAGGAACUGCGUUGCCCGACUAAGUUGAUUGCCUAGAGUAAUGAACUGUGUUUUGAUGAUGUUGUCUAAUUGUACAACCCAUCUAUCAAAUGGAGUUAAUGCCCUUGACUGAAAUGUGGAAAAUUUGAUUCUCCAAAAUUUACUAAUGUAGGUUGGAUGGUAAUGACCAUUAUCAUUCUUCCGCUAGCCUGUUGCCAGAGCAUGAUAUAUUGAUAUGCAUUAGUGUGGAAGUAAA